CCCGCCUCUUCCGGGCACAGUGGGCGGGGUUACGUCACUUCCUGGAGACUGGCUGAAUCCGGAAGUGAUCCCUGAGGACCCUGUAGCGGCCGAGGACCCCGGCAGCAGGGCCAGGUUCAGGACCAUGAGCUGGAUUCCUUUCAAGAUUGGGCAGCCCAAGAAACAGAUUGUCCCUAAAACAGUGGAGAGAGAUUUUGAAAGGGAGUAUGGAAAACUUCAGCAGCUGGAGGAGCAGACCAGGAGGCUGCAGAAGGACAUGAAGAAGGGCACCGAUGCUGAUCUGGCCUUAUCCAAAUCUGCUGUGAAGAUAUCCUUGGACUUGCUCUCCAAUCCCCUCUGCGAGCAAGACCAGGACUUCCUGAACAUGGUGACAGCCCUGGACACAGCCAUGAAGCGGAUGGACGCCUUCAACCAGGAGAAGGUGAACCAGAUCCAAAAGACCGUGAUUGAACCCUUAAAAAAGUUUAGCAGUGUCUUCCCGAGCCUCAACAUGGCGGUGAAGCGGCGGGAGCAGGCCUUGCAGGACUACAGAAGAUUGCAGGCCAAGGUGGAGAAGUACGAGGAGAAGGAGAAGACGGGGCCAGUGCUGGCCAAACUCCACCAGGCCCGAGAAGAGCUUCGGCCUGUGAGGGACGACUUUGAGGCCAAGAACAAGCAGCUCCUGGAUGAGAUGCCGCGGUUCUACAACAGCCGCCUGGACUACUUCCAGCCCAGCUUUGAGUCCCUGAUCCGAGCGCAGGUUGGGUACUACUCUGAAAUGCAGAAGAUCUUCGGAGACCUGACCCAGCAGCUCGACCAGCCUGGCCACACUGAUGAGCAGCGGGAGAGGGAGAAUGAGGCCAGACUGAGUGAGCUCAGAGCCCUCUCCAUUGUGGCUGAUGACUGAGUCCCCGCCACCGUUUCAGACUCCUGGGAUACAAGUCAACCUUUCUGGUCUUAGCCCUUGUUAAGCUUAGGCUCAGGCGACAGCCAGCAAAAGGCUCUCCCCCGAGAGAAGUAUGGGGACAGCAGCGGCCCCUGUUCUACCUCACGAGACCUCUGCAGUGAGCCUGGCACCAGGAGCCCCAGGCAGGGUGCUGCCUCCCCACCCAUAGCAAGAACCCAGACAGGUAAGCAGCACAGAAACACUCCAAGGGCUUUGUUUCCAAAAGAACCGUCCAAAGGGCAGCCUGGCCUAGGACCUGAGCAAGCUUCUAGCCUUCAAAGGCACAGGCUCUGUCCGCUCACCUGAGGUCUUAGCCUUGCCUGCACGGUCGUGAUCUCACCUACCUCCAAAGAAAGACCCAUCCUUGGGAGUCCACCCACCCUCGUUGCCGUUCCCCUUCAGACUCUUCUUUUCUGGGAGAGGCCCAAGACACUGCCUCUCCUCUAGCCCAGACUCCCAGCAUGAUAAAACCUGGUUUCACCCACUUCUAUCCCUUAGGUCAAGUGCAGAGAAGAACCCCAAGCCUUGUAGGUUCCCUAGGAAACCAGACUCAGCUCAUGUAAAUAGGCUGUCAGCCACACAAAAUGUCACAGCCUGAUUCACAGGCCUCAAAGCAGUAACAGUGGGUUUGUCUCACCUGAAUAUUUGGAAAUUUUAUUUUUUCAAGUAAAGUUUUCAAUAAAAUUGCCAGCCGUUA